UUGUGGCCUUUCAUUGGCAUUCAGUCGUUGGUUCCCUACUUGAAAGCAACUAAAUUUAUUUUUUAAUUUAAGUUUUUUACUUCUUUCCCCCACACACAAGACUCACAACUAUGAACUCCUUCUCCGUGUUCUUGGUGUUUGCUUUGGCAGCACUGGUCGUAGCAGAACCUCCAUCGGGUUAUAAUUAUCAGCGCGGUGGUGGUGGCGGUGGCGGCGGUGGAUUUGGCGGUGGUUUCGGUGGUGGCUUGGGAGGUGGCGGCGGCGGCUAUCAAGCUGUCAGCGGUGGCUUCCAAACCAAUGAAGGCCAAAAUGUUGAUCCUCAAUUGCUCGAACAAGUGCGUCAAAUCUUGUUGCAAGAAGAAAGCAAAUCCGGCGGCGGCGGUGGUGGUGGUGGUGGCGGCGGCUACCCCGGCACUCCCUCUGGUUCAUAUGGUGCUCCCUCGCCACAAUACGGUGUACCCUCAUUCGGUGGUGGCGGCGGCGGCCGCGUUGUUGGCAUCGAUUUGGAAGGUGUACGUCAAGCCAUCCAAGUUGCUCAAUUCGCCCAACAAAGCACACAAGCUGGUGGUGGCGGCGGUGGUGGUUUCGGUGGUUAUCCCAGUGGUCCAUCGGGUUCUUAUGGUGCUCCCUCAAGACCCAGCGGUAGCUACGGUGCGCCAUUCUAAGCUCAACCGUUAGUUAUUUUUUCUUAGCAUAAUGUAGAUUACAUUUCAAAUUCAUCAUAAAACAAUUGCUGCCAAAUAAUUGAAAAGACAAACGCGCGCCAAUAUUAAACAAACGCCUCUGAAAACGGAUACGCUAAAGCGAUAGAAAAAGAAAAGAAAAAAAAACAACACCCCAGCAAACACCAAAAGAACAAACAUCAACAAUUAAGCAACCCCUGCACAACCGUCGAGCCAUUAACACGUGAAAGGAGGUUCGUCAAAAUACCGUUAUUACCAGAAAAAAAAACGCAACACUUAUAACAUCACCAUUAACUAACUGGGAAUUUGAUGUUUGUAUUAAUUGUGUAAAGUUAAAAACAAUUUGUGUUGUUUUUUUUUUAACCAAAACAUUGAAAAUGUUACAUCAUUAUUAUUAUAUUCAUAAUAAUGUUUAGCAAUUUUCUUAAAUUUUUCCGUUUUUCAGCAAAAUUUUUUAAAACAAUAAUUUUAACCUUUUUUUCAUUUCCAAAACAUUUUUAAACGUUUUAAGGUUAGAAUUUUGUUUGAAAAAUUUUGCAAAUUUUCAUUUUCAUACCACAUUCCCAAACAGUUCCCAAAACUCAGUGACUAUCAAACACUAUCCAUUUCUAGCUAUCUUCUUAAGUCGUCCGCUCUCCGCUAAAAGUCUAUUUUAUUUUCACAUUUUCCUAGCGGGAGCAUUGUUAUUAUUGUAAAUAGUUUUUCUCUGUUUUAUUAAUGUUAACAAUAACAAAAAAAAAACUUCAUUAUUUUUAGUUAUUAAGUGAAUUUUUUUUUAUAAAAAUAUGAAACAAACAAAGAAAGAAACAACAAAAAAAAAACAUUAAAAAAUAAUAAAAAAAAUAGUAAAUUUUGUCACCGUUAAA